AGACUAUCCCUGAACGACACCUUGUCGUGCGUGAAUGGAGGACUUGCUGCCUGAAGCGGUUUGUGAUUGGCUAUUGGGCGAUGACGUCGACGUAAUCUUCAUGCAUGAAUAGCGCCCUGACAAGUAGUAGAGCUGUCAGGAGUCUUGAUCUGUGUGCAGAAAAGCGGGUCGCUUGCACCGAGGACACAAUCACUCACUCACCACGUACAAGAGGUUGGAUUUAAUCUUAGACGACUGUCGUUAUCAGAAAAGAAGGAACUUUUUAACUUAACUAUAGUUGGGUGGUUUUGCGAAACAUCACAGUGAUCGUUGAUGAAAAUUACUUUUUUUAGCUUCAACUUUUAUUUCAAAGUUCGUUUAUGGUCGGAGCAAUAUGUUUCAUUUUAAAAAGAAAAGUUUCAAGUUUCCGUCAGUUGGGAGUUCUUCCAAAUUCCAGGCCACUACCCCGAAGGGAGUGAGCAGGUUUCUAGGGCUCGUGUUCCUGGCAGCUAACGUCGCGUGUACAUCUGACAGAAACCUAAAGUGUGAAGAAAUCACUAUACCAAUGUGUAGAAACAUUGGCUACAACUACACUUCCAUGCCUAACCAGUUCUACCACGACACCCAGGAAGAGGCGGGAAUGGAAGUGCAGCAAUUCUGGCCUUUGGUGGAAAUUCAGUGUUCCGAUGAUCUGCGUUUCUUACUCUGCUCGAUGUACACACCUAUCUGUAUGGAGGACUACCACAGCUCACUCCCUGCGUGUCGGUCUGUCUGUGAACGAUCACGAGCCGGUUGUGCUCCCAUUAUGAGGCAGUACGGAUUCGCAUGGCCCGAGAGAAUGAACUGUGAAGGCUUGCCUAACUAUGGAGAUCCCAAGAAUCUUUGCAUGGACGAAAAGGAAGGAAGUGGUAGUACUAAACCCAAAUCAUCUUUCAUUCUGCCAGAAAUUAAACUACCAACAGGCAUGAAAGCUCAGAUCCCUGGACAUGGUAAGUGGCCUGAAGAUGUGCCGGACGUCCCUAUUCAGUCCAAACCUAAUCCAAAUUCCCCAUCUCUGCCAGAAACUGGCACAAGUGAUUGUGGGUGCUCGUGUCGCUCACCGAUGGUGCCUCUACUAGAAAGUAACGAGAGGAAUUAUUACAACAAAGUAGAGACUGGAAGUGUAUUGAACUGUGCUGUCCCUUGCCAUGGUGCCUUCUUCUCUACCGACGAACACACUUUCGCUACGCUGUGGCUCGGACUGUGGGCAGUGCUGUGCUGUGUGUCAACUAGCUUGACCGUUAUCACCUUCCUGAUCGACAUGCAGAGGUUUCGCUACCCAGAACGCCCUAUCAUCUUUCUGUCCG